AUGCCAACUGAUUUAACUAACACUCCUGAUGAACUAUUUGAAAAAUUUGUAAAUGCUCAAACAUUUAAAACAAUACUUCAUUCAUUUGAUGAUUUAUGUCGAUCAAUUCGUCUUGAUAGAAAAAUCAUAGGUUAUGGAAAACGAUCAUUAUAUAAAUUUUUAACAAGUAAAUUAACAUCAUGGAAAUCAAAAAGUCUUUGGACAAAAAUUGAUAAACGUGGUUCACAAAAAGAAUAUGAAAAUGGAAAUGCUUGUGCUGAUAUGAAGGUAUGCAUUGUGGGUGCUGGUCCUGUCGGCCUUCGUUUAGCAAUUGAAUGUGCAUUAUUAGGUGCACGAUGCAUAAUUGUUGAAAAACGAGACAGAUUUUCUCGUCACAAUGUUCUUCAUUUAUGGCCUUAUAUCAUAACAGAUUUAAGAAAUUUAGGUGCCAAAGUUUUCUAUGGAAAAUUUGCUACAGGACAAAUUGAACAUAUAAGUAUUCGACAAUUACAAUGUAUUCUAUUAAAAAUUGCACUUGUAAUUGGUGUUGAAAUCUAUCAGAAUGUAACAUUUAUUGAUGUUAUUGAACCAAUAUCGACUCAACAAGGUAUCAAUUAUUUUCUAUUCAAGAUUUGUAAAUUUCAUUUAUUUCGAAUAGGAUGGCGAGGUCAUUUUAAACCUGAAACUCAUCCAAUAGUAUCAACAUAUGAAUUUAGUGUUUUAAUUGGUGCUGAUGGUUGUCGAAAUUCAUUAAAAGGUUUUCAACAUAAAGAAUUUCGUGGAAAAUUAGCUAUUGGUAUAACAUGUAAUUUUAUCAAUCAUAAUACUCGAGAAGAACAAAAUUUUCAAGAAAUUAGUGGUGUAGCAAAAAUUUACAAUCCACAAUUUUUUAAUGAACUUCAACAACAAACAUCAAUUGAUCUUGAAAAUAUUGUUUAUUAUAAAAAUAAUACACAUUAUUUUGUUAUGACAGCUAAAAAACAAUCAUUACUUGAUAAAGGUGUUAUACUUCAAGAUUAUCCUGAUGCUGCAAGAUUAUUAGCAAGAGAUAAUGUUAAUUUUAUACAAUUAUGUAAAUUUGCUUGUGAAGCUGCACAAUUUGCAACAAAAUGUUCACCACAAUUUGCAUUUGAAUUUGCCGAAGAUCAUCAUGGUGCAGCUGAUGUACAAAUGUUUGAUUUUACAUCAUUAUUUCAUGCUGUUAAUGCUUCACGUAUUAUUGAACGUAAUGGUAAACAAAUUUUAAUGGCACUUGUUGGUGAUAGUUUACUUGAAAGUUUUUGGCCAACUGGUUCUGGUAUUGGUCUUGGAUUUUUUGGUUUAUUUGAUACAGCAUGGUCUAUAUUAAAAUUUGCUAAACAUGAACAUCCACUUAAAAUUCUUGUUGAACGUGAAAGUAUUUAUAUGUUAUUAUCACAAAGUACACCAGAAAAUACGAAAAAUAAUUAUCAAUUAUAUUCAAUAAAUCCAGCAACACGUUAUCAAAGUUUAAAUUCAAAAAGUUGUACAAUUGAUGAAAUUCGUUAUUUAUAUGAUUCAGAUAGUAUACCAACAAUUGAUAUGAAUAAUAAUCAUGUUACAUCAAAUAAAACUAAUCAAACACCUGUUCGACGUGCACAAAGUUUUAAACAAGCUCCAUCACCAUUGUCAUCAUCAUCAUCGAAUGGAAAUAGUCAACAAAACACUUUAUUUGAAUGGUGUGAAGAAAUUGUUGAUUCCUAUAAUAUUAAAAUAAGAAAUAACUCAAAAUCAUUUCAAAAUUGUCUUGUUUUUUGUGCUCUUGUACAUUAUUAUCGGCCUGAUUUAAUUGAUUUCAAGUCACUUCAACCUGAUCGUCCGAUUAGUAAUUUUCAAAUUUUAUUCGAUAUAAUGCAUAAUCAAUUAUCAUUACCACUCGAUCGUAAAUUACAAAAUAGUCUUAUUCUAUCAAUGAAAAGUUCGAUAGAAGAACGUAUACGUCAAUCAUCAAUUGUUAUUCUUCAAUUAUUAUAUACACAUUUUCAUCAUGAUCAUCAUGAACAACAAUUACAACGACGUCGAUCAAGUAUACCAUCACUUGAAAUUUCAUCACCAAUAUUACAAAAAUCAAAGAAACCAAUAGAAGAUACUAAUAAUAUAAAUACAAAUACAACUAAUAAUAUUAAUAAUUCAACUGUUAAAGUCAGCGCUCUUGUUGCUCAUUAUUCAAAUGGUGAUUCAUCAUCUAAUAAUCAUAAUUUGAUUAAUUUACAAUGUGAACGUGCACCAACAUUUUGUUUCUAUUGUAAAGAAAAAGUUUCCAUACAAGAUUGGUUUGUUGUUGAGAAAAAUGUUUUACAUGUUAAAUGUUUUAAAUGUGAUACAUGUCAUUUACAAUUACGAAAAACAAAUUAUCAAGUAUUGAUUGAACCAAAUACAGGAAAAAUAUCAUUUCAUUGUCGAUAUCACAAUUUGAAUAAACAACAAAAAGAUGAUAAUAGUAAUAAUCUACUAGGACUUUGUAAGUAUAGUGUUAUUGUUUAUUUUUAUUUAUUCUAA